GUAGUUCCUGGAUUUUUUUUUUUACAUUCUUCAGCUUUCAGUCGAUCGUCCGCAUUUACUCCGGCUAACCGGUCGCCAUCUGGAGCGUGCUGCCCUGUGUUGGGAGAACAGUUCUUGUGCCAACGGUUUACCCCAGAGAAACCAGUGGUCUGUGUCUGUCAUCAGUUUCCGGCGUGUGUUUGUGGCUCUGGUAAAGACUGAACAGGAAGGCAGACGCUGAGAGACGUCUGAACAGAGAGAGGAAACUGCUGCGGCUUCUUCGUCGGCCUCAGAAUGACUGAGUUCUGGGUUUGUUUUAGCUGCUGCAUUGCAGAGCAGCCACAACCAAAACGGCGGCGACGGAUCGAUCGCUCCAUGAUCGGAGAGCCAACAAACUUUGUUCACACCACACAUGUAGGCUCGGGGGACAUGGGCAUGGGGUUGGGAUCAGUGGACCAUGUUCAAACCCAGAUGAAAUCUAAAGGGGGCUACGCGCAUGGAGGAUCUGAAGGUUCUCAGUUGUAACAAGCCCUUCACAGUCUUGCGGAAACUACUGUUGUUGAUAUGAGGAAGCAUUUUCAAAAAGCAGUUCUGUCUGUAACGGACGCUGGACCAAAAGAUGAAACUACUGCUUUUCCAUAAUGUUGUAUAUAUUUUUAUUUUCCAUUCCUUUUUUUUUUUAAUGAAAGCACUGCUAUCCAUUUGCUGCCAUACUGUUGCACUGUAAAGAGUAACUGUUAAGAAUAGAUAAGAGGGGUUUAGAAAGCUCAUAAUCUCAGUCAGACGUAUGCUUGUGUGUAUGCAUGAGGAAAAUAUUUUCAAAAAUAUUUGCUGUCGUAGCCCAUUUGGAUGCCUGUAUUUAUUAUCUGAUUUGUAAACGGACCUCAUGGUGGCUGGGCCACGUUGGAGAUUUGAAACAUUCAGUUUCCUUCUUUAUUCUCAGAGGUUUAUCAAAGGACAGGUAGAGGUAGCAAGGCAAAAAAACCCAGAUAUGUUCAUUGUUUUAGUCUGAGAAAUACUCAUGAUUCUCUGAGUUGCUUUCAGGGUUGAAGAUUGCUGUCUUGUAAUAAACUUGAAAUGAGUAGAGUACACUGGAUCAUACAUUGUACACUCAGUCGCUUAGGAAUUUCGCAUUGAUUUCAACUGUUUUUUUUAUACUCAUUUAGAUUGAAGCAUAUAGAAUUUUAAUAAACUAUGAACUUCCUAAUCUGCCUUCUGAAGUCAUGUUCAUUAUUUGUUUUACUGGUGUCAUUCGGCAGCUCGAUGCUGCCAACACUGAGCGUAGUGGUUUCAAGAGCAUUCAUAUUUUUCUAUGUGAUUCCUUCUUUUUGAGGCUUGUGUAUCAACAGUAGACCCAAGCUUUAAUGUUGGAAGUAACCAAAUCACACUGCAAACACCAGCACAAAUGUGGGUCAGGUUUGAUACAGUCGGCAGUAUUCUCAAACCUGUAGUCUCCCUACUGUUUGCUGUAACUGCUGUAACUUUUUCCUCUAACAUCCUUUAUCUCUCAUGACGUAAAAUAAUUUUUCCCUAAUGUUUUGGCAGGAAUGAUCUUGUCCUUAUGUUUCUUUGAACCUCUUGAAGCUGAAAGAUGCUACUAAAUGACAUUCAACCCAACAUGACCCGCCUUUGUAGCAGUGUUUGUGAUUGAGUUGCUUCAGUGUUAAAAGAUGUUUUCAUGUGAUGUUAACAUUUUGUCGAAAAAAUUUAAAAGUACAAAAAGUUAUAUCUCCUUUUUUGGGGCGAUAUAAUUUUCUAUCAAAGGUUCCUCUCUUCAGGGACGGUAAAUAAGUGCAGCUCUUAUUGUCUGAUCACACUGACUAGAGUUUCCAUUUUCAUCGACUGACUGAUACAUAGUCAUCCCUCAGUGUUGUCGCAUGUAGUCCAAGUUUUGACCCAGGCUCUAUUGAAAACACCUUGACCUUAUCUCUGCAGGUAGUGACGGAGCAGUUUUAAUAUGAAAAUUAAAAGCAUGGCCACUCCCACUUGGGGUGUUUACCAUGUCAACACUGCCCAUCACUAUUUGCAGUCGUUAUAAAUCGAAAGGUCAGGUGUGUGGAGCAAACCAGCAGGCCUGGAUCUGUUAAUACAUGGGAUUAUAUGUACUCCAUGUUCAUCAUAUGAUUGACUAACAACAGAAUGUGGUUGUAUUAUAAAGUCGAGCAAAAGUCUGUGUAAAUUUGGUGUUAAAUGAGUGCUGUUGUCAUCCUAUUUAUGAUAAAAGAAUGAAACAUUUGGUACCAGGCAGCAGGACAUACCUGAUAGAUAACAGUCACGUUUGUAUUAUCAUUUACAGCCUUAACACUGCUGGUACCCACUCUCCCCAACACAGAUUUAAUAUGUGAUUCAUCAGGCUGAAAUGUCACAGAGCUUAUGUUCCUCUUUAAAUGUUUCUGUAGUAAUUCUUCUGUGAAAACAGAUCCACGUAUGUGUAGAGUAGUUGGUGUUUUCCCAGCUCUGUGCUGAAUGCUGUUGUGUGAGAGGAUGUACUGGGACUGCAGUAUAUCAUGUGACCAGCAGGCUGUGCUAGUGGACUGGUUUGAAUGUGACUUAAAUUUUUGUUUUCUUUUGGGGGUUCCUGUCAUUUGACUUCUUUUAUGAUAAAGCUGUAAAUACGUAAAAUGAAAGUAAUGGAUCCAUGGUUUCUAUGUAUUCAGGGUCAUACAUAUUUUAGGCAACUUUUUUUGUAUAACAUUACUGGGAAGGCAGAGAGUUGGAGCAGUGUUUUGUGUUGUUUGUUUUCCUCAGGAACUGCCUGAUAUGUAGUUCCCACUUUAAGGGAAGUUCAUCUGUCUUUUUUUUCCUCUUUUUUUUUCAGAAUAAAUAAUGAGAAAUAAAUGUUAAAUGUUGAUGUUUGA